AUGACGGCUGCAGCAGCGGGAUGGGGGGCACCCCCUGAGCCCCCGGGCUGUGGGGUGAUCUCCGUGCUGCUCCUGGCCCUGCUGGGGCUCCUCGGCAUUCCUGUGGCUCACGGUGACUGCGGGCCCCCGCCUGCCAUGACCCACUCCAGCCCCUCCAGCAGCGCCAGCAGCUUCCCGGUGGGAUCCAGGGUGACGUUCAGCUGCUCGGGGGGAGCCCGCAGGAUCCCGGGCAUGCCCGACACCGUGGAGUGCCUGCCCGGCGACAUCUGGUCCAGGCUGGCCGAGCCCUGCGGCCGGAGCUGUGCUGCCCCAACCAGGCUGAGGUUUGCUGCCCUGUCCAAGAAGGAUGAGAGGAGGAAUUUCUUCCCCGUUGGCACCAACGUGAGCUACGUCUGCCGGCCCGGCUACGAGAACUCCUCGGAGAUUUCCCCCUCCAGCACCUGCCUGGAGAACCUGACGUGGUCCCAGCCUGCCGAGCUGUGCAGGAGGAGGUCCUGUGGCAGCCCAGGAACUCUGCCUGGAGGGAGGAUGGGGCCCCUGAGGGACCUGCAGCUGGGAGCACGGGUGGAGGUGUCCUGUGAGGAUGGGUACAAAUUAGUCGGGAAUAAUUUCAUCUGGUGCCAGCUGAAAGGAAACGAUGUUGAAUGGAGCAAACUUCCGACUUGUGAAUUAAUUACCUGCCCUCCACCUCCUCCAAUCAGCCACGGGAGACACGAUGGGGAAGGAAUUGAGAUUUUUGCUUAUAACUCCACGGUGACCUACAGCUGUGAGCCCAACUUCCAGCUGGUGGGGAAUGGGAGCAUCCAGUGUGGGAGCAGGGACAAAACCAGCGGGGUCUGGAGUGGAGCCACACCCGAGUGCAAAGGUGCCCAGGGAAUCGCAGCCCAGCCCUCUCAGAAGGGUCUCCUGUGGCAGAGGAAGCUCAGCCUCUAUAAAAAGGCCCUGCAAAACAGCAUCCAACCCUCCCAGGCCUCCUCCUUCCUCAGGAAACCAGUGGUUGCCUCCCAGCAGCCCGACCCAGCUGCGAUUCCUGCUGGCCCCGCCAGGGUUUCAGAGAAAACCCCGGAGUUCCUGCAGAGUUCCCCGAGCCCGGCUCUGUCCCACCCAGCCUGA